CUCUCUCUCCUCCCUCUUAACGAGAUCUGCAUCGCCGAGGGCCUGUCUGUGGAAGGAGGAGGAGGCCUCUUCUGUCCCUGUUCGCCGUCGAUUCGCUCCACGCCGCACCCCCGCCGUCCCCGAUCUCGCCCGGACUCGACCGGUUCCGACCCCGAAUCCCGAUCGGAGGAAGAUGUACGGGUUCGAGGCCCUGACGUUCAACAUCCACGGCGGCUAUCUGGAGGCGAUCGUGAGGGGCCACCGCGCGAGCCUCCUCACCGCCGCCGACUACAACAAUCUCUGCCAGUGCGAGACCCUGGACGACAUCAAGAUGCACCUCUCCGCCACCGAGUACGGUCCUUAUCUCCAAAACGAACCUUCACCAUUGCAUACGACAACUAUUGUGGAAAAGUGCACCCUUAAACUGGUUGAUGAAUACAAGCAGAUGCUCUGUCAAGCCACAGAACCAUUGUCAACUUUCUUGGAGUAUAUUACGUAUGGUCACAUGAUAGACAAUGUUGUUUUGAUUGUUACUGGAACCUUGCAUGAAAGAGACGUUCAGGAGCUGCUGGAGAAAUGCCACCCAUUGGGUAUGUUUGACAGCAUUGCAACUCUGGCAGUGGCUCAAAAUAUGCGAGAACUUUACAGAUUGGUUCUUGUUGACACACCUCUGGCUCCGUAUUUCUCUGAGUGCAUCACGUCAGAGGACUUGGAUGACAUGAACAUUGAGAUCAUGAGAAACACUCUUUACAAGGCCUACCUCGAGGACUUCUACAGGUUUUGUCAGAAACUUGGAGGUGCCACUGGAGAGAUUAUGUCUGAUCUGCUUGCGUUUGAGGCUGAUAGAAGGGCUGUAAACAUAACAAUAAACAGUAUCGGCACUGAGCUCACCAGGGAUGAUCGGAAGAAGUUGUACUCUAGUUUUGGUUUACUGUAUCCUUAUGGCCAUGAAGAACUUGCUGUUUGUGAGGAUAUUGAUCAGGUUCGCGGUGUCAUGGAGAAAUAUCCUCCAUAUCAGUCCAUUUUCUCCAAGUUAUCUUAUGGAGAGAGCCAGAUGCUGGACAAGGCAUUUUAUGAAGAGGAAGUGAAAAGGCUGUGCCUAGCGUUCGAGCAGCAGUUCCAUUAUGGCGUGUUCUUCGCAUAUAUGAGGUUGAGGGAGCAGGAGAUAAGGAAUCUGAUGUGGAUAUCCGAAUGUGUGGCUCAGAACCAGAAGUCGAGGGUUCACGACAGUGUUGUGUUCAUAUUUUAAUUCUUUGGGGAAGCAAUUCAGAAAGUGUUAUUGGUGCUCUAGUGUGUUCUUCUGUAAAUUUAUUUCUGUGUCACCUCCUAUCCAUGAUUUUGAGCUGCAGAGCUUGGAAGGGAGCAAUAACUACUGCUACUUACCUAAAAGAUGAUGCGUUAUCUUUGUCAUUCUAGAGAAUAGAACCUUGUAGAUAGAUGUACUGGUAAUAAGUCAUGAAUGCAUUGAUUAGUUAUGUGCUCGUGCUGCUACUGAUUGUUUCUUUU